UCAAGUUAUCGAAACUUAUUUUACAUUCCAAUUUGUUUACCUCACAGGUAAAAUCAAAUUGCAAUUGUUUAUAUUUACAAAAAGUCGUGGUCGGUAAUAAUAAUUACUUAAAAAUGCUAUAUUAUUUGUUUAGUAUAAAUUAAACUCAGAAGUGUUGUUCCAAAGUAUAAAUAUAACGGGUUUGCUUUUUUGCUUUCGCUUAUUACAAGUAUAUGCAAUCCUGUUUAUUGCUUUAUUAAGCAUAAGGGGUAUUGCUGGAGAAAUGUGCAAGUAUAUACUUGAAUUUGUUUUUUGUUUCUUGAUUGUGUGUUUGAAUUCACGAAGUCAACCCGUUGUAAAAAUAUCAUCCAAUUUGUUACCUCACACAUUUCUAGGUGAUAGAAGAAUGGCCAUGGAGGUUAGUUCAAAGGUGUCUCAAAUUAUAGAUCGGUUAGGUGAACUUUCAGCCGUAGCUCAGAAACUGUCGAAACCUAUUACAUCAGCCCAAAAGCUUCGAAUGUCUGAAAAUCAAAGAGUCUAUCUUAUGGCAGAUAUCAAUGGAUGUGACGGAGAUGUCGUUAUAGGACUUUUGAAAAUUGGUACUAAAAAUUUAUAUCUUUUCGAUAGUUCGGGCCAGACGAUGAAGAUUGAUAACGCACGUUGUAUAUUAGAUUUUUACAUUCACGAUUCGAGACAGCGUAUGGGAGUAGGCAAAAUAUUGUUUGAUAUAAUGCUUAAUGAGGAACGCUGGAUUCCAGUUAAAUGCUCUGUUGACAGACCAUCGGAAAAGUUAUUACAAUUCUUAAAGAAAUACUAUGGCUUGGAAAAAAUUAUACCACAAGCAAAUAAAUUUGUUCUGUAUGAGGGAUUUUUCGACGAAGAUGAAGAUGCUAACAGAUGAUUCUUCAAGGAGUUAUGUAGGUCACGGCGAGAUACAUUUUUUUCGAGGAUCCUUGGGAGAUUGCAUACAAAAGACAGAAAAAUUAAUAUUUUUGUUAAAAAAAAAUUAGUUAACACAUUAAAAGAUGUAUAAUAAUAUAGAAAACCUUUAUUAAAAAAAAUAACACUUAAAAAAAAAAAAAUUCCAAAAAAACUGCUUUUUUCUGACGGCCAGACUAAGUAUAACCCCUUAAGAACUCCUACUGACACUGUAAGAAUGGAUGAAAUCGGAUAAUGACCCCGCCCACUUCCUAGAUUAAGGGUCUGUUAAAAACUAUUAAAUGCUCGAUAAAUCAAUAAAUAAAUACGCCAGACAUUAAAUUUUAAACCCUAGCUGGUACAAGACUUUAUGGGAUCAGGGGUCAACAUAAGUCCAUUGUUGUCCGUUGUGGCCCACAUUUAGGUGAAAACCCAUACUACAUGACCACUUUCAACCAAAUUUGGUGUGUGGGGUAACAUAUGUGAAUGAUAUAGAAUGAAUACGACGCCUACUUCCCAUAUAACAAAUAUUUAAAUUUCAUAUUAAUAUUUAACUUUACAGUAUACAAAUCAAACAUCAAUAAAUUUAUCAAAGGUUCUUUGAACAAAUUGUGUCCUCAAGGUGUUACAUCUUACGCCCAAAAAUUUUCGAAAACGGACUAUACUUUUAUAGGAACCCAGACACCAAAUAUGUGAACCCCAGUGCAUGUGGCUAAUUUUUUACCGAACAUACCGGUCAAUCUGUGAGGUCUAGUAUUAAAAUUCGGGGAGAAUAUUUUUUUUUAUGACAGAAUGCCCUUGUGCCAGCAAUGGGUAAAAUCGGGUACCUUCCUAGCCCCCAUACACCUAAUAUAAAUAUUUUCGAACUUCCGGUUGACUUUGUACCAGGGACCGUAAAUAACGAUUAUUGUUGCGAUUUUUAAAUAAUAAAAUCAAGCACUUAGAAUCGGCAUACAAAAAAAGCAGAUAACGUCGGGUGCGUUCGAGCGACGUAAUAAUUGCAGCAGUACAGCUACUGUGUUGCAUAUUUGCUGAUACUCUGCUGAUGUGCAGAGAAAAAUUUAGUGUUGCCGAUUAUUUGCAUAAAUUGCGUGCAAAAAUUCACGCAGAACGUAAUACUUUGAUAAAUUUGCAACACUGCUGUCGUGAUUGCCAUCUCGAACGCACCCGUCAUGUUAAUCAUUUUACGACGAUCUAAGCAUUUCCUUGAAGAUUUUUUUAAACUCGGAAUUUUAUGAUUUUCUUCACCGAUAAUGAUUCAUUUCACAAAAAAUCAAAUAAUAAUUAUUAUGUUUUAGCGUAAAAAAAGCAGUAAGUUAAAUAUUUCAUUUUUCUAAAUAAAAUUUAGUGAAAAAUUAAUAAUUCGAAAACAGCAAGGCUAAUCUUUUAUAAUAAAAAUGCUGAUAAAAUGCAUGAAACACAUAAAAACCAUUUUGAAAGUGUUAUUAUUUUUUUUUUUUUUAUGAUUAAAAAAGA